CGAAGGUCUGGGUGCGAACGGAAGCCGCAAGCCCCCGAGGACGGGUGCUAGAGUUGGGACUGGCCAAAGCGCAGCAGACACUCCCCUUCCCGCUUCCCCCCUCCCUCCGUCCCUCUCGGGGCCGCCUGGGUUCUCCAAAAGCCCGUUUCCUGUGCCGGGGGUGGGGGUGGGAGGCGGGGCGGGGGCGCUCUCCCCUCCCACCCCCCUUCCUUCCCUCCCUACCCCUCCUGGGCCCUCCUCCUUCCUCGGAGGAAACUUUCCGUCCGCUCCGUUGGCGGCCGGGCCGUGGCUCCGGGCCCCCCAGGAUUGCCUAACCCACCGCCGGACGGGGCGGACAGAACUUCCUCCGUCCCUUUCCCGCCAUGGAGGCGCUGGGCUAGUCGGGGGGCGCUCCCCGUAACUGAAGCUGCUGAGCCGCGCCGGUCUUUUGCAGACGUUUUCUGGGACCUUCCACCCUCUACCCCCCCCCCCCCCCCCCCCCCCCCCAAGCAACAUGGAGGCCCGGAAACGAGACAUGGAACUGAUCAGUAAUAUCCUGGCAGCCUACGCCUACGUCCGAGAUCAUCCUGAGAGUUUCGGCCUCUACUUUGUCCUGGGCAUAUGCUUUGGGCUCUUGCUGACCCUGUGCCUGCUGGUCAUCCGGAUCUCCUGCCGGCCCCAGCCCAGGCCUUCUGGCAAAGGUCCCCAAAAAAUCUCCAGAGGAGAGCUCCCCGACGGGGACGAGGAUGAAGACGAGGAUGACACCGACACCAUGACCCGGCUGGGGCCCGAGGACGCGGGAUCCGGCCCAGAACUGACCCCCGAGAUGGACAGCCCCCUCAGCGUCAACGUCUUCACCUCUGCCGAAGAGCUGGAAAGGGCCCAGCGCCUGGAAGAGCGAGAGCGGAUCCUGCGGGAAAUCUGGCGCACGGGGCAGCCCGACCUGCUGGGCACCGGCACCGGCACCGUGGGCAGGGUCCAUUACUACUGAUGGGCCGACUUGCACGUGAGCCGCCUUUCUCUCAGCAGCGGGGGAGGACUCCUCCGCUCCCCUAAUAGCCUGGACGAUUCUCUGACACGGUGCUAAGGCUGGGCUCCCUCUUGGGGAGCGAGCCCCUCAUUUCCUUAACGGACCCCAAGGAGUAGGACGGGAGCAAGAGGAGUCUCUCCUGGGAGUUUCAAGCGACCCGGGAAAGCUGCCUCGUCAGCGCCAUCCCUUUGCUCGCCAUGCGCGGCCCCCUUCGGAGUAGAGGAAACUUUGGGGCCGGUCUUCAGGCGCAGGGGGAGCACGCUGGGGUCGGCUCCUAAACGGUUUUCCCUCCUCUUGUUGGGGAGAACAGGGGGCUCCCCCGAGGAGGGGCCCCGGACGGGAGGCCAGGGAGCCCGGACUAGGGGAUGCGCCCGGCAGCGCCGCGGCCCGGCCUCCCUCCCACCGCAGAGCCGCGGGGCCGCGUCCCUCGGAAAAAUGUGUUGUUUCUGCUCGGCCACGCCCCCGUUUCCGCCGCCCGCCCCGGCUCCGGGAGGACGCCGACCUUGGGCUUGGCCAACAUUAGCUGGAUGUCUGUAGCGUGA